AUGCGUAAAAAUGUGUUCACACGCAUUGUGAACCAGCUAAGAGAAAGUAAUGUUUACUUUCAACAAAGGCCAGAUGCCACCGGAAGACUAGGUGCAUCCUCCCUCCAAAAAUGCACUGCAGCAAUUCGAAUGUUAGCAUACGGUACAUCAGCCGAUGCAGUUGACGAAUAUGUUAAACUCGCGUCAAGUACUGCAAGGGAAUGUCUCUCUCACUUUGUUGAAGGGGUCGUCUCUGAAUUUGGACCGGAGUACUUGAGGAGGGCGAAUACUACGGAUAUUGAGCGACUCCUCCGGAAAAGUCAUAUUCGUGGAUUUCCUGGCAUGAUGGGAAGCAUUGAUUGCAUGCACUGGGAGUGGAAAAAUUAUCCACAUGCAUGGAAAGGAAUGUAUCAAGGGAGAAGUAAAACAACGAGUAUAAUUUUAGAGGCUAUUGCUUCACAAGACUUGUGGAUAUGGCAUGCUUUCUUUGGUACACCAGGUUCUUGUAAUGAUAUAAAUGUCUUCCAGCGGUCGCCGGUGUUCUCUGAUAUUUGUGAGGGUAGAGCUCCAGAUGUUAGCUUCAAUGUCAACGGAAAUACAUACAAUAUGGGAUGUUAUCUUACCGACGGUAUCUAUCCAAAAUGGGCAACAUUUAUCCCAGCAAUCAAACAUCCACAAACCGGUAAGCACAAAUUAUUUACCAAGAAGCAAGAGAGUUACAGAAAGGACGUUGAACGUGCCUUUGGAGUGUUACAAGCUCGAUUUGCAAUAAUACGUCAACCAGGUCUAGCUUGGUCGACUGAAAUUUUAUCAUGCACAAUAUGA